UCCGAGAAAGCAGAGAUCCAGACUGCACUAGAAGAAGCUGAGGGCACCCUGGAGCAUGAAGAGUCCAAGAUUCUUCGUGUGCAGCUGGAGCUGAACCAGGUGAAGAGCGAGAUUGACAGGAAGCUGGCUGAGAAGGAUGAGGAGAUGGAACAGAUCAAGAGGAACAGUCAAAGAGUGAUGGAUUCCAUGCAGAGCACUCUGGAUUCUGAGGUCAGGAGCAGAAAUGAUGCCCUGAGAGUCAAAAAGAAGAUGGAGGGAGAUCUGAAUGAGAUGGAGGUCCAGUUGAGUCAUGCCAACCGCCAGGCUGCUGAGGCCCAGAAACAGCUCAGGAACGUCCAAGGACAACUCAAGGAUGCCCAACUGCACCUUGAUGAAGCUGUCAGAGGACAGGAGGACAUGAAGGAGCAGGUGGCCAUGGUGGAGCGCAGGAAUGGCCUAAUGCAAGCAGAGAUUGAGGAGCUGAGAGCUGGCCUGGAGCAAACAGAGAGAGGACGCAAAGUGGCGGAGCAGGAGCUGGUGGAUGCCAGCGAACGUGUGGGACUGCUACACUCACAAAAUACGAGUCUUAUUAACACCAAGAAGAAGCUUGAGACUGAUCUGCUCCAGGUUCAAGGUGAGGUGGAUGAUGCAGUCCAGGAGGCCAGAAAUGCAGAGGAGAAGGCAAAGAAGGCCAUUACUGAUGCUGCCAUGAUGGCUGAGGAGCUGAAGAAGGAGCAGGACACCAGUGCUCACCUGGAGAGGAUGAAGAAGAACAUGGAGGUGACUGUCAAAGACCUGCAGCACCGUCUGGAUGAGGCUGAGAGUCUGGCCAUGAAGGGUGGAAAGAAACAGCUCCAGAAACUGGAGUCCAGGGUAAAUUACAGACUAAAUACAGACUUAAGGUGUAUUCAUACUAGGAGCGGUUGCCUUGUAACGAGCCAGAGUGCCAUUAUAUCCCCUCCCCACUCCCCGGCUGGCCUGCACUUACAUUGCUCUUAACAUUUUGGGCUGCAGCAGGCUUUAGUCAUUACGAUUCAACUUUUGUUUUGAAGAAAAUUACUUUCGCUGUAAGACUAUCUAAUACCUUUAUCACUUAUGAAGUGUAGUGAUUUUCAUUUAAUUCUGCUGCACGUAUCAGAAAAUGAUUAUGGAGUCAGAUGACAUUGAUGGAGGAAGUUGCAGCUAUACUCACAAAGUAUAAAUAAUGUUUAUCAAUAAGGUGAAAACCAGACCUGUUAUAAAUCUAUAUUACUCAAUACUCAAAUUAACUAAAAACUGCUACUUGUGCUAGUGCACACAGUUAGUAGCUGUCCUGUGCUCAGGUGCAGUUAGCGAUCACACUACAUGUGUAUCGCGCCAGAGCCCAACUGAACCAUGCUCUGCCUCCCCUUUUCAAGCGGGUUAGGACAUGGUUCAGUGUACCGUGCUCAGAUAUGGUACAGAGGAAUCACACCAGUCAAAAGAACCAGACUUUGGGGGGGCUCGGGCAUGGUUCAGAUCGCCUGGUGUGAGUAAUCCUUAGAUGAACUGGCCAUGGCAGAGAUUUCACAGUUGACAACAGUAACUCUCUACUGAGUGCAUGAGUUGGAGGCUGAAGUUGAAGCUGAACAGAGACGUGGUGCAGACGCUGUGAAAGGAGUGCGCAAAUAUGAAAGGAGAGUGAAGGAGCUCACCUACCAGACUGAGGAAGACAAGAAGAAUGUGACUCGACUGCAGGAUCUGGUAGACAAGCUGCAGCUCAAAGUGAAGGCCUACAAACGCCAAGCUGAAGAAGCUGAGGAGCAGGCCAACACUCACCUGUCCAGGUACAGGAAGGUGCAGCAUGAGCUGGAGGAGUCUCAUGAGCGUGCUGACAUCGCCGAGUCCCAGGUCAACAAGCUGAGAGCCAAGAGUCGUGAAGCUGGGAAGACUAAAGUUGAAGAAUGAAGACAAGAAACUAGACAUACAAGCAAGCAUAUGACUGACUUGUGCUGAGUUCUUCUGUGUCCAUUAAAUGGCAGAGUUUGA